AUGGAAACCACAGAAGAACUGCAACAACUCGAAAUCACCGCCUUAAAAUCGAUUUAUGACCAGGAUUUCUUCGAACCACCCCCACCAAAAGCUUGGAAGGUAUAUCUGCGCGCGUUUCUUCCAAUCAGAUCUGAUGACGACGAGGUGAUCGCAGCUGCCAGGCUCCCAGAAUUCAUCAUCAAAGUCGUGCACCCCGACCCUUACCAUGCAUCCAAAGUUUUCUUUCAUCUUCAUAUCAAAUUCCCAAAGACAUACCCCACACUUGCCACACCUAUCUUUAGUGUCCAGAAACCGAUGCGCGGCAUUACUCCCGAUGUGGAAGCUGCGUUGCCAAAGGUCAUCCAUGCUGAAGCCCAGAGACUUCGAGGGUCGGAAAUGGUCUUUCAGAUCAUCACGACAGCCCAAGAAUGGAUAGCAGAGCGUAUCAAACCCCCAAGCGAGCCAUCUGGAUCCCUUGCUACUGAGAUGACGAAACGUGCCACUCAGGAAGAGCAGGAACGCCGCCAGAAAGAAGAGGCGGAAGCAGAACGCCAAUCAGCACUGGCAGCCCAGCUUGCCGCACAACUUCAAGAGAAGAUUCAGGCAGAUUCUCAGAAGCAUCUUUUGGCUAAAGAAAUGCAAUACAAGGCUGCUCGACGGAGAGCACAAUCAGACGCUACGGAGGUUCCUUCUGCCGGUGACACUUUGACGGAAUCGUUCCCUUCUGAAGUCGAGUUUCGUGGGAUACGCUUCAACGCUGUUAAGAUGUUUCAUCCUCGACGAGAGUGUUUGGGUAUCACCUAUCUGGCGGAUCCCUUAUGCGACGACGUUCAUGCUACCCUUCCCUUGGAGGUGCACGCGGUCGAGUUCAAUUCAGAAUACUACACGUCUACUCAAGGGAGGAAGAAGCUUGCGCAACUCGAGGCAGAAAUCCAGCGUUUGAUGAAUGUCAAUCACCCGAACUUGUUAAGCGUGUUGGCCGUCAAGUUAUCUUUUCCUCAUACCGGCCCUCCACUGCUUGCCGUUCUUUCUGAACAACGUCCGUCACUCACUCUGCAAGAUGUCCUCGAGGAUUGCCAUUGCCUGCGGGAAGACAGAGCUUCGGACUAUCUUGGCCAAAUUCUUUCGGCGCUGAACGCCGUGCAUUCCCAUGAUCUAGUACACAGAGGAUUGAACACGUGCUGCGUAUUUUUAGCCACUCGAGAAAAUCGCUUGGGUGCUAAGCUCGUCAAGGUGGGCAAAGUCGGAUAUUAUGCACGCUUGAAGGAUCUCCAUCGGUCGAAUCCUUUCUGCACUGGUUUGGUCUUAGCCAAUGAUGAACCCGACUUGCCUGAGGCUUGGCUCUCGAAAGAUGUCCUCGAGUCUCCAUUGUCGUACACCAAGGGUCGCGAUAUCCACAACGUCGGAGUGAUAUUGUUACAGAUGUUGCACGGUUUAGACGUCAUGUUUCGAUUCCGUAAUCCACGAGAGGCCGCGCAAGCAGCAUCAGUGUCUCCAAUUCUGAAAACGUGUGCCCUGAAUAUGAUGUCCACCAGCAAGAAGAGCAGCGUGACAUGUUUGAGCUUGUUGGCCGACCUCGCAUCUCUGUCGACGAACUCUCCCACGACGAUACAUUCACCGACGAUUCCGGUUGGGCCGAGAACCCCCUUGGCUAACGGUAGCAUUUACGGGACGUCGCCGGAGAAGGAUUACUUCCGUGCACCCCCAAGGACGAGACAAGCCAGUAGGUGGAAAGAGGACUGGGAGGAACUUGAACUCUUGGGACGAGGGGCGUUUGGGUCGGUUGUGAAAGCACGUAAUAAGAUUGACAAUCGCAUAUAUGCAGUCAAGAAGAUUCGGCUUCGCACUGACCAGAGCGACACGAAAAUCUUCCGCGAAGUUAAUGCACUUAGCAAGCUCUCGCAUCGAUUUAUCGUGCGCUAUUACACGACUUGGGUCGAAACCGCUCAACCAGAUUCCACAGCUCCAUCUUCUGAGGACGAUUCGGGCACUGGUUCGGGGACCGAAGGUGGACGAACCUCCGUCCCGAAUUCGUUCGAGAGGAGGGGUGAACAUUCAGACCCGUUCAGCAUCGAUCUGGACGAUCUGGACGACUAUGGUUCGGGUAGUCGGUCGUCGUUUCCGAGUAUCCACUUUACGCGGUCAGAGGUGAAUGACGAGAAGGACGAAGAAGAUGAAGAUAGUGAUGAUGCGUUUGCUAAUCUCUUCGUUUCGGAAUACUCCGACGAUGUGGACGUUGUGAUGCCUACUACACCGGUGGUGCCUCGGACUUUGUACAUUCAGAUGGAAUUUGUGGAGCGUCAGACACUGAAGGAGCGGGUUGCAGAAGGUUUGUCUGAGGAAGAAGCAUGGCGCCUUUUCUAUCAAAUUUUGGAGGCCCUAGUACACAUGGGAAGCAUGGGCAUCUUGCACAGAGAUAUCAAGCUAACGAAUAUCUUCAUUGGUGAGAGGGAUGGCAAGGGCGACUGCAAAGUUGGUGAUUUCGGGCUUGCCACUUCUAGCCUUGCAGCUGUGGAUCCUUCGGACUUGUCGCCUCAGAUAGCGCACUCGGAUUCUGACUUUACCCUUGAGGUGGGAACCAAGUUAUAUAUCGCACCUGAGGUAUUGUCUCGGAAAAGGGGACCCCGCAACCACAACAAAGCCGACAUGUACAGUUUGGGAAUUGUAUUCUUCGAGAUGAACUACAUGUUCAGUACAGGUUCUGAGCGUAUCGCGGUCAUUGAGGAUCUAAGAAAGCCCGAAGUGUACUUUCCACGGGAAUGGGACCAACAUAGAGCGCGCCAAAAGCAGAUUAUCUCGUGGCUUCUGCGUCAUGACCCUGCAGAACGGCCCACUGCUCUGGAACUCACCCAGAGUUCGCUUCUGCCUCCAAGAAUGGAAGACGAGUAUUUCAAGGGUGCAUUGAGGAUGAUGUCAAAGAAAGAUUCACCCUACUACCAAGGGGUUCUAUCUACGUUGUUCAACCAGCCAGGAGAUCAGGUCAGAAGCUACCUUUACGACCUUGAAGCUGAGAUUCCCGAACAUGCCCACCUGAAUACCAUUGUGCAAGACAAGCUGUCAUCUAUCUUCCGCCUGCAUGGAGCUGUUGACAUGGAACCUCUGCUUCUGGUGCCGUCGACUGGUCCAGAAGAUAGCCAAUCGCAGGCUGCUUAUGUUGACCGGCAUGGUGAAGUCGUUUGUCUACCCAACAAUGCUCUUGUUCCGUUUGCAAGGUUGGCUGCUCGUAACAACGUUCAGAGGAUUAAGCGGUUUCAUAUUACUAACAUCUACCGCCCUAGCGCCGUGCCUGGUCAUCCCAGAGUUACGAAAGCCGCUGUGCUCGACAUUAUUACGCCAGAUAUUUCAAGCGGCAUCGUUGCAGGUGGUGCAGAGUUAAUCAUGUUACUCAAUGAUUGCCUUUAUAGCUUCCCGAACCUUACGCAGACUUAUGAAAUUCACAUUUCACACUCGAGAAUUGUUGAACUCGCAUUGAGUCGUAUUCCAGAAGAAUUGCGCGCUUCAGUGAUUGAUAUCAUCAACCAAUCGAAAUCUUCGGCUUCUCAAAAACGCGCCUCACUGUUAAAGAAAGGUCUCUUGCGAAGCACUGCCGACGAAUUGGAGAUUCUUGCUGAAAUAGACGAAGAUAUCGAUGGGUUACUUGCAAAGCUCGGGAAAGUUGCGCCGUCCCUGAUGACUAUGAUGAAACCUGCUGCAGAGGAAAUCAAGGAAUGCAUUCGAUAUGCGUCAGCGGCAGGGUUCAACGAGCCAAUCUACUUCCAUCCGCUGAUGUGGGGUACGCACCAUAUGCACUUCAAAGAAGGGUUCCGGCUGGAAGUUGUACGACGCACCAGAAGACUAGACGUCCUUGCAGCAGCAGGGAGAUAUGACAAUCUCAUCAAGCAGUAUGCCGCUCCGAAAUCCAAGUCAGAGCAAAUCUGUGCUUUUGCUGUCCAGAUCGCACUGGAGAAGAUAACAGUCGCUUUAGCCGCGUAUCAGAGUACAUCGGUGAAGGCCUUAGUUAAGGAGCAAAGAUCUUUCGGUUUUUGGAGUCCACGCAGAUGCGACGUCUAUGUCCUCUCGUUUCAGCCAGGUUACUUGCAAGACAGACUGGAAGUUGCCGCACUUCUGUGGCAGAACAAUAUAAGCGCUGAUAUUAUGUAUGAAGCAAACCUCGCAGAUGUGGAUCACGAGAGUCACAAUGAUCUUUGCUCACGAGAAGGGAUCCUGUUCGCGGUAUACAUUCGAUCUCGAAGCGGUCGUCGAGACCAAACUGCUUUCAAAGUGAAGAGUAUUUUGAAGGGUACGGAAUACGAGGUCUCGAGACAGGAUUUGGUUGGCUGGCUCCAGCAACAGAUCGCAGAACAGAAGCGCAUUGAUUCCUCAACGUCGGGAGCUACUAGCUAUCCUGAUAUCCUGCACACUUCAUUGUCUGGAGGAACGUCCAGUGGAAGUGAUGUUCACCUCGUCCUACCAGUUGACACAAAGAAGCAGCGCAAGCAUGUUAGAAUAUUACUUGAUAAAGCGUAUGAAAAGAGUACUGAGUUGAGUGACGCCGUCCAAAGCGGCAUCUCCACAAUUGUUGUCGACGUGCCCACCGCAGUUUUCGAUGGCUUAGUGAGGAACUCUAACUGGAUUCAUGAUGAUGAAGCAUGGAAAGCCAUCGUGGCCUCUAUGCCCAGUCUCCAAAGUGCCUACUCCCAUCAAGUUCGGGAGGCAGUGGCGAAGCGCAAGGCUGAUGGACACCGUUUCGUCAUCCUAUAUGCCGCAAGGGAAGAGCGCAUGCAACUGCUCAGCCUCACAUAGAUCACUUUUCUCCUGGUCUGCUAUGCCCGAAAUCGAACUUAGCUCUCAUAGACCUCUAUCUAUUAGGCUUGAGUGAUUAACACAAAGUACAAGAGUAUGAGUGCUUCUAGUGGUUCUACAGUCGUGAUUGCCAUAGUAGAUUGACAGUGCAUCGUGUAACUACUUAUCGGAUGUUGAUAUUUCAUUGACUCCAAACUGUGAGUGUUUCCUGGAAGCCGUCCUGGUUACUACUCUCAUUCACGAUCCCGUUUUGCGACACGCUGAGUUGAUAUGUCGUGCCAACGGUUGAGAGACUGUAAACUGUAAUAGUCGAACUUGAAUCAACGUUGAAAAUCUGGGAUUGACAACUCCACGUGUUCAAGCAACUUUGCGCGUAAUUCUACCAUCCGGUGAGCUUUCCCAGUUGAAUCAAGGUAAACUCUGGACGUACUUGGAAAAAGCUAUAAAAGCCAG